AUCACAAAAUCAACACAAACACACACAUACGUACACUUGUAAAAUAAAUACCUAUCAAUUCCCAAUGGCAUCAUCCAUGACCUUGACCGCCUCGUUCUUUGGUGGCGCCGUCGCCGCGAAGCCGGCCUCCUCCACCACCCGUCGCGGCCCGCUUGCCGUGAGGGCCUCGAUGGACUUGGAGAAGUCGGUGGCCGAGAGCAGCAACACGAGACGGGGCAUCGUGAUGGCGGCCGUGGGCGCAGCAGCAGUGUCAUCCGUCGCGAAAGUCGCAUCGGCCGACGAUACUAAUAACACGACGAUCGGAGGGUGGAGGCCGGUCGUAGCAGAUACAUCGGAGAUUUUUCUAAUCGCGGUAUUCGCGGUGUCGGAAUACAACAAACAGAACAAUGGGUCCUUGGUUUUGGAGUCUGUGUUAAGGGCUGAAGUGCAGGUGGUCAAAGGUGUGAAUUGCAGGCUCGUGGUCGUCGCCAGGGAUAGUAAAACCGGCCGCUCCAACAACUACCAAGCCGUUGUUUACGGCCAGAACGUGCCUACAACGAUACAGCUCUCUUCCUUCGUGGCACUUCUUCGCUAGCUUUUCCGAUCACCGGAUUUAAAGUGUGUAAAAAAAUUAUCUCCACUGUUUAUUUAGUACUUUUCCUUGCCUCUAUAUAAGGCAUUUUAUUGUAAUUUGGAGAUAGAUGUUUUCACAAUAUAUUCAAUAAAUGAUAUUCCCUACUUUUCUCUC